CUCGAAUUUGUUCAGCCGACAACAUCUUUGCACGAUACAACGCACAAUGGCCGCCAUGGAGAUUGAUAAUGCUCAGGCGCAACCGUACGUGUUCGACUUGGGGAACCUGAUGUGCCAAGAUCCCAACCCACUCCCAUCGUUGAAGGAAGCGGCCACGCCUGCUGAAAAAGAAGCCAUCCUCUCCAGCGUUGCGCAAAAAUGCGCGCAGUCUCUCAUACACCAGCUUCUUGCCCAACCGAUCAACCGUAACGAAACCGACGGUAGUCUGCAGAUAUCACUACCUGCACCGGAGUUUCCGCUACCCAGAGAGAAGCCUGUGCCCAAAGAGAAGGAAAAGACGAAAUGGGAGAAAUUCGCGGAGAAGAAGGGUAUCAAGGCGAAGCGAAAGGACGGCAAAAUGGAAUUCGACGAGGAUCGCAAAGAGUGGAGGGCGAAGUAUGGAUACGGCAGUCAGAUCCGGAGGAAGCCAGGCGAGGUGGAGGCGGAUUGGAUUCAGGAAAUCGAUGAGAAGGCGGAGAGGGCGAAGAAAGAGGAGGGCGAGAAGAAGGGACAUGGUGGCAAGCGGAAGGCAAUGGGCGACACUGCCAUUCGGAAUCAGAAAUUGUCGAAGAAGAGCAGGAAAUGAGCAGGCCUCGAUUGAUCACACGACCAAUACAAAAGCACAGCAAGUGGAAUGAGCACGACGACGCGGCUCCACGGAUCCUGAAAUCCAUUCGCCGCUCCGAUAUGAUCGAAGUCGCUCAAGACCAACGACGCGAAUUAUUCACACUUGGCAAAUGUGGCGGAAGGACAGCGACGACAGCGUUUCGUCGUGCGAGUGGGAUCAUUCCAGUCCCAAUAGGGCGUCAUUGUAUCAGUAUGUCUAUUCUAGUGUCAUUAUGUCCUAAUAAGGCCCCAGUGUCCAGCGAACAGACCCUCUGGUCAAUUGCUCGGGGGCCAUGAGGCCAGGAAACCUUCCCAAGGCCAGAAAAUUAGCUAUCCCGCUAAGCAGAGUACAACGCUCACAAUUUCACCUGGA